UUCUCUUGGUGCAGACAGAUCCGUCAGUGUGAGCCCAGCCCCUCUAGUAGCGGAAGCUGUCGCUACGCCCACCGGUUCCGGAUGCGGAAGUUGAUGCGUUCCACUGUGGUUGUGUCGCAGGCGCAGGUCUCUGUUGUGUGUACCAAGGCUACUACGUCCGGCUGCCGGGGCUCAUUUCCUGUGUAUAUAAUGUCGGACUCAGAGAGCGAUGAAGAGCGGCCGUUCUCGAUCACUGGCUUCCUGUUCGGGAACAUUAAUGAGGAUGGGCAGCUGGAAGAUGACUCGGUGCUGGAUAAGGAGUCCAAGAAACACCUGGCAGGUCUGGGAGCUCUGGGACUUGGGAAUCUUAUUACAGAAAUCACAUCCAGUGUGGAUGAGGCACCAGAGACAGAUGGAGUCAACCUGGAUGAGGAUGGCUGGGUUAAGAGUACAGACGAUGCGAUUGAUUACUCUGAUAUCAAUGAAGUGGCUGAAGAUGAGUCUCGCAGAUAUAGGCAGGCUAUGGGCAGUCUUCACCUCUCGAGAAGAGCAGAUGAUGAUGAUGAUGAUGACUAUGAUGCAGACUGUGAAGACAUUGAUUCAAAGCUAAUGCCCCCACCCCCACCACCACCGGUGUCAGGCAAAAAGGAGGAUGAGAGGGGUUCGGUACCAACAGCCUCUGAAGAUGGAGAUGGAAUAAUUCUCCCCUCCAUUAUUGCUCCCUCCUCUGCUGCUGUAGAAAAGGUGGAUUUCAGCAGUUCCUCUGAUUCUGAAUCUGAGAUAGGCCCACAAGAGCGGGGACAAAGUGAGGGGAAGGAGCGAACGCUGACACUGCCUCUCGCUGGAAUCAUGCAGAAAGAUGCCACCAAAGUGCUUCCCAGUGUUACUGAGCUUUUCCCAGAAUUCCGACCUGGCAAGGUCUUGAGAUUCCUUCGGCUUUUUGGACCUGGUAAAAAUGUUCUGUCGGUUUGGCGCAGUGCUCGCCGAAAGCGCAGAAAGAAGCAUCGGGAAUCGACUCAGGAUGUACAGACAAAAGAGGGUGAAGAUGCUGACGUAGUAAUCGAGAAGAAGUCCUGCUGGGAGUAUGAAUAUGCUCCAGCCCCCCCACCUGAGCAGUGCCUCUCUGAUGAUGAGAUUACCAUGAUGGCUCCAGUAGAAUCCAAGUUCUCGCAGUCCACUGGGGAUACAGAUAAAGUGGCGGAUAUGAAACCCAGAGUAGCGGAAUGGCGGUAUGGGCCUGCUCAGUUAUGGUAUGAUAUGCUUGGUGUACCAGAAGAUGGCAGUGGAUUUGACUAUGGGUUUAAGAUGAAGGAACAACAUGAUGAAGAGGAAAUUAAAGAGAAGAAAACUGAGGCCACAGAUGAAUCUGCUGAAAGUGUGUUUCAAGACGAACACUUCCUGAUGGUGACACAACUUCAGUGGGAAGAUGAUGUGAUCUGGAAUGGGGAGGACGUGAAGCACAAAGUAACCAAGACACAAAGAGCUAGUUUAGCUGGCUGGCUUCCCUCCAGUAUGACCAGAAAUGCCACAGCCUACAAUGCUCAGCAAGGACUAAAUCGAAGUGGAUCACUGUUAAAUCUACCAACACCUCUUGUGCAAAAGCCAAGCAUGCCAGGUUCACUGAUCUCUUCCAAAGGGAAAGAAAAACACCCUCCGGAACAGCAAGCCUUUGUAGAGGAUGACCGUCCAUGGUUUUCUAUUUUUCCAAUUGACAAUGAAGAACUGGUUUAUGGACGAUGGGAAGAUAAUAUCAUCUGGGAUGAUCAAGCCAUGGACCGAAUACUUGAUCCUCCUGUGUUGAUGUUAGACCCCAAUGAUGAAAACAUUAUACUAGAAAUCCCAGAUGAAAAGGAAGAAACAACAUCGAAUUCUCCGUCUAAGGAAAGCAAAAAGGAGUCGUCUUUGAAGAAAAGUAGAAUCUUAUUAGGAAAAACAGGGGUCAUCAAGGAGGAGCCUCAGCAGAAUAUGUCCCAGCCCGAAGUGAAGGAUCCAUGGAAUUUGUCAAAUGAUGAAUUUUAUUAUCCCAAACAGCAAGGCUUACGAGGAACAUUUGGUGGAAACAUCAUCCAGCACUCUAUCCCGGCAGUGGAGCUCAGACAGCCUUUCUUCCCCACACACAUGGGUCCCAUGAAGCUCAGGCAAUUUCACCGCCCUCCUUUAAAGAAAUACUCAUUUGGAGCUCUGUCCCAACCAGGAGCUCAUUCUGUUCAGCCUCUACUAAAAUGCAUCAAGAAGAAGGCAAAGAUGAGAGAGCAGGAGCGGCAGGCCUCUGGAGGGGGAGAGAUGUUUUUCAUGCGUACCUCACAAGAUCUCACUGGUAAAGAUGGUGACCUCAUUCUGGCAGAAUACAGUGAAGAAAAUCCACCCUUAAUGAUGCAAGUUGGCAUGGCCACCAAAAUCAAAAACUAUUACAAAAGGAAACCAGGAAAGGACCCUGGAGCACCGGACUGCAAAUAUGGAGAGACUGUGUAUUGUCACACUUCACCAUUCCUCGGCUCUCUACACCCAGGGCAGCUGCUGCAGGCAUUUGAAAAUAAUUUGUUUAGAUCACCGAUCUACUUGCACAAGAUGCCUGAUACAGAUUUCCUGAUUAUUCGUACUCGUCAAGCCUAUUACAUUCGUGAUUUGGUGGAUAUUUUUGUGGUUGGCCAGCAAUGUCCACUUUUUGAAGUUCCUGGUCCCAACUCUAAACGUGCAAACACCCAUAUCCGUGACUUCCUGCAGGUAUUCAUAUACCGUCUCUUUUGGAAAAGCAAGGACAAGCCCCGUCGGAUUCGUAUGGAGGACAUUAAAAAGGCUUUCCCUUCCCAUUCAGAAAGCAGCAUUAGAAAAAGACUUAAGCUCUGUGCUGAUUUUAAAAGAACAGGAAUGGACUCUAAUUGGUGGGUGUUGAAGCCAGAUUUUCGUUUACCAACAGAAGAAGAGAUUCGGGCAAUGGUGUCUCCUGAGCAGUGUUGUGCAUAUUACAGUAUGAUUGCAGCGGAACAACGCUUAAAGGAUGCUGGCUAUGGAGAAAAAUCAUUUUUUGCUCCUGAAGAAGAGAAUGAGGAAGACUUUCAGAUGAAGAUAGAUGAUGAGGUGAGAACUGCCCCUUGGAACACUACAAGAGCAUUUAUUGCUGCAAUGAAAGGGAAGUGUCUCCUGGAGGUGACAGGUGUUGCCGACCCAACUGGGUGUGGAGAAGGUUUCUCUUACGUCAAGAUUCCUAACAAGCCAACACAGCAAAAGCAAGAUGAUAAAGAGCCCCAGCCGGUGAAAAAGACAGUGACUGGAACUGAUGCAGAUUUACGCAGACUUUCCUUGAAGAAUGCCAAACAGCUCUUGCGAAAAUUUGGAGUGCCAGAAGAAGAGAUCAAGAAGUUGUCCCGCUGGGAAGUGAUUGAUGUAGUGAGAACAAUGUCCACAGAACAGGCACGCUCUGGUGAGGGACCAAUGAGCAAAUUUGCCAGAGGUUCCCGCUUCUCAGUGGCAGAACAUCAGGAGAGAUAUAAGGAAGAAUGCCAGCGGAUAUUUGAUCUACAAAACAAAGUUUUAGAAUCUGCUGAGGUUUUGUCCACAGACACAGACAGUAGCUCUGCAGAAGACAGUGACUUUGAGGAGAUGGGAAAAAACAUUGAGAACAUGUUGCAGAACAAGAAGACCAGUUCCCAACUGUCUCGAGAGCGUGAAGAGCAGGAGAGAAAAGAGCUGCAAAGAAUGUUAAUGGGAGAAGACAGUGGUAAUGAUAAAGAGAGAGGCAGAAAGGACAAGAGAGAAAGGAAAGGGUUUUCCACAGGGUCAGCUACUUCAGGAGGUUCUCACAAGGAUGAUGACACUGCUUCUGUGACCAGUUUAAAUUCUGCAGCCAGUGGACGCCGGCUGAAAAUCUACCGCACUUUUAGAGAUGAAGAUGGGAAGGAAUAUGUGCGGUGUGAGACAGUGCGUAAACCAGCAGUUAUUGAUGCAUAUAGCCGUAUCCGUACUACUAAAGAUGAUGAGUUUAUCCGGAAAUUUGCUCUCUUUGAUGAACAACAUCGUGAGGAGAUGAGGAAAGAGAGGCGAAGAAUCCAGGAGCAGCUUCGAAGAUUGAAGCGCAACCAAGAGAAGGAGAAACUCAGAGGACCCCCAGAAAAGAAACCCAAGAAGAUGAAAGAGCGUCCAGAUUUAAAACUAAAAUGUGGAGCUUGUGGAGCAAUUGGACACAUGAGAACGAACAAGUUUUGCCCACUCUACUAUCAAACCAAUGCCCCUCCAUCUAACCCAGUGGCAAUGACUGAAGAGCAGGAAGAAGAGUUGGAGAAAACGGUGAUACACAAUGACAACGAGGAGCUGAUUAAAGUAGAAGGGACCAAAAUUGUUUUAGGAAAACAGCUUAUUGAAAGUGCUGACGAGGUCCGUAGAAAAUCCUUGGUCUUGAAGUUCCCUAAGCAGCAGUUGCCUCCAAAGAAGAAGCGAAGAGUGGGAAGCACUGUGCAUUGUGAUUAUUUAAAUCGCCCCCAUAAGUCUGUACAUCGUCGAAGAACAGAUCCCAUGGUUACUUUAUCUUCAGUCUUGGAGUCCAUAAUUAAUGACAUGAGAGACAUGCCAAAUACCUAUCCCUUCCAUAGCCCUGUUAAUGCUAAAGUAGUGAAAGAUUAUUACAAGAUUGUUAUAAAUCCGAUGGAUCUACAAACCUUGAGAGAGAAUGUGCGCAAGCGAAUGUACCCAUCACGUGAGGAGUUCCGUGAACAAGUGGAACUUAUUGUUAAGAACAGCAUUCUUUAUAAUGGACCAAAACAUGUAUUGACCCAGAACUGCCAGUCAAUGCUGGACUUGUGCGAUGAGAAACUGCGAGAGAAGGAGGACAAGUUGGCACGACUGGAAAAAGCCAUCAACCCGUUACUGGAUGAUGAUGACCAAGUUGCUUUCUCAUUUAUAUUGGAUAACAUAGUGACUCAAAAAAUGAUGGCAGUGCCAGAUUCAUGGCCCUUCCACCAUCCUGUCAACAAAAAGUUUGUUCCUGACUACUAUAAAGUAAUAAUAAAUCCAAUGGACCUGGAAACAGUGCAGCAGAAUAUUUCUAAACAUAAAUAUCAAAAUCGGGAAAGCUUCUUGGCUGAUGUGAACCUAAUUAGUGCUAACAGUGUAAGAUAUAAUGGGCCGGACAGUCAGUAUAGUAAAACAGCACAGGAGAUUGUCAACGUUUGUACACAGACUCUGGCCGAAUAUGAUGAGCACUUGACACAGCUAGAAAAGGACAUUGCCACAGCUAAAGAAGCUGCUCUGGAUGAGGCUGAUCUGGAGAGCCUGGACCCAAUGACUCCAGGACCAUAUACUCCUCAGCCUCCUGACUACUAUGACACAAACACAUCGCUCAGCAUGUCCCGGGAGGUCUCGUUUUACCAGGAUGAAAGCAACAUGUCUGCUACAGAAGCUGCAACUGCCUCCCUGGGGAAGAGAAGCUUGAUGAGACUUGGAAGGGGCCGUCUAGGUGAAGAUGAUUCAGAUAUCGAUAUUGUAGGAUUUGAAGAUGAUGAUGAUGACGAUGAUGGGAAACCUAAAACUCCAGCCCCUGAAAUUGAUGAUGUUGAUGGAGAUUUGGCUGAGGAAGAUGAGAAUACAGUGCAGCAGCCUCACGCCAGUGUCCUAUAUGAGGACUUAUUGAUGUCAGAUGGUGAAGAUGAUGACGAAGGAAGUGACGAGGAAGGCGAUAAUCCCUUUUCUUCUAUCCAGCUUAGUGAAAGUGGCAGUGACUCAGAUGUUGAGUCAGGAGGAAUUCGUCAGCCACACAUGAUGCAGGAGAACACCAGGAUGGGGAUGGAGAAUGAAGAAAGUAUGAUGUCAUAUGGGGAAGGAAUGGAAACAUCAAAUGUGAUGGAAGAUAGUAACAUCAGCUAUGGAAGUUAUGAGGAGCCGGAGCCAAAAUCCAACACUAGAGACACCAGUUUCAGUAGCAUGGCAGGCUAUGAACUGUCAGAGGAAGAGGAGGAUGAAGAGGAGGAGCGUCAUGGGCCCAAUGUGCUUAGCCAAAUACAGUUAACUGAAGAUGAAGAAGAUAGUGAAGACUUUACAUCAAUCCAUGGAGACACUGAUAUGGACUCCGACAAUUAAUAGAGAAAAUAUUUUUUUUAUUCAGUUAAACCAUGCAUAUUGAACAAUGUAACAAAUCUGUUUUUGGGUCAGAUAGGUAUAUGAAUAUCCAUGCCUGAAAACGUAAGAUAAGUGUUUCAAAGGACUUAGCGGAUAACAAAAUGACCAGUGUGCAUUCAUAAAACUUGUGUCAAGUUUUAUUUUUGUUUUCUGUCUCAAUUAUCAGUUCAUGCUUUGUAUAAAAUUACUUUUUAUUUUUUAUGUUGAUAUGGAGGAGCAGCUCUGUAUCAGUGGUCUGUUUCUCCUUAAACAUUGUAUAGUUGAAAUUUUGCCUUGUAAAUAUGUGCUUCAGUUUGCAAAAGAAAUUGGCAAAAAUUGUACAAAUAUUAUUCAGUAUACUGUUUUAUAAUAAAUGUAGAUCUUAAAGUUA